AUGGAGCUUACUAUGGAGAAUCUGCACAGCCUCUCCUCGCACUCCCAGGUGGGAGACCUGAUGAGCUCUCCUCACGCGCGGCCGUCGCCUUCCCCGAGCUCCACUCCCCGGAAUUUGGUCUCGCACAAUCCCGGCGCACGGUCAGCCAUGGUGUCCGGCAUGGCCUCGCUCCUGGAGGGUUCCGGCGGAGACUACCGGACUGACUCGUCUGCGCUGUCUGGACACCUGCAUCCCUCCAUCAGCAUGUGCGAGACCGGGAUGAGCCUUAGCAACACGUACACCACGCUGACCCCUCUGCAGCAUCUACCUCCCAUAUCCACCGUGUCAGAUAAGUUCCACCACCCGCACUCACACCACCAUGCUGCCGCCCAUCAGCGACUCUCGGCCGGGAACGUAAGCGGCAGCUUUACGCUGAUGCGAGACGACCACCGGGGACUCGCCUCUAUGGGUAACCUAUACAGCCACUACCCCAAAGAGAUGUCCGUGUCCGGAAUGGGUCAUGGCUCGCUCUCACCUCUUUCAGGCGGGCUGGGCUCUUUGCACAACUCCCAGCAGCCGCUCUCUGCCUAUGGCCCCAGCGCGCACCUCUCCACCGAUGCCAAGAUGCUCUCUCCUGUAUCCGGCUUUGAGUCCCACGCCUCCAUGCUGUCCAGAAGUGACCAAGAGCACCUGGCCAGGAGUUUAGGGGGGCACGGUCAUGGUAUGAUCUCCAACCUUAACGGCAUGCACCAUCAUCCGCACAGUCACCUCCACUCGCAGGCAAACGGCGCGGUGAUGUUGGGGGACCGGGAGAGGCACGUCCACGGAGGCGGGCAGGGAGUAACAGGGUCAAGUGUCCAGGCGGAGGAAAUCAACACAAAAGAGGUGGCUCAGCGGAUAACGGCAGAGUUAAAGCGAUACUCCAUUCCGCAGGCCAUAUUCGCACAGAGAAUCUUGAGCCGGUCGCAGGGAACCCUCUCAGACCUACUCCGGAACCCAAAACCUUGGAGUAAACUCAAGUCAGGCCGCGAGACCUUCAGAAGGAUGUGGAAGUGGCUGCAAGAGCCCGAGUUUCAGCGGAUGUCCGCUUUGCGGUUGGCCGCAUGUAAGCGGAAGGAGGAGGACCGAGGACGAGAGCGUAACCAGGUGCCAAAGAAGCAGCGACUGGUCUUCACAGACCUGCAGCGUCGUACCUUGGUAGCAAUCUUCAGAGAGAACCGCCGGCCCUCCAAGGAGAUGCAGAUCACCAUCUCGCAGCAGCUGGGCCUAGAGCUUUCUACUGUCUCCAACUUCUUCAUGAACUCACGCCGCCGCUGUACGGACCGCUGGGACACAGAGGAGCUUGGUCAUGGACUGCACGGCCACGGGCACACCCCUCAUGGGAACAGCGGCAACAAUAACUCCUCACCCAUCCAACCUGGUACCUCCUCUGCUACCACUUUCUCCAAGGCCUGAUGGAGGCAAGGCAGACUGUUAAACACAUGCAUGGAGGAUGGAGGGGUGGGGGCGUUUUUCAUAAAGCAGGAGGUUCUAAUUCCUGUCCUGCUGAGCUACAGGGUGUGUAGCUUCAAACC